AUGAAGAAACAAUUGCUUUACGGCAUCGGCCUGCUGCUGGCCGGAUGCCUCGGAAUGAUGCAGGCGGCAGGCAGGCAAGCUCCGGCCGCCGACCUGCGGAUCGAAGGCCUGCGCUGCGAAUACGCGACCGACCCGAUCGGACUGGACGUCCGUCGCCGCAGUUCAGCUGGCGCACCGAAUCGCAACGGCGGGGCGUAUUACAAUCCGCUUACCAGAUCGUCGUCGCCCGGUCGCAAGAAGAACUGGCACAGGACAACGGCGUUUGGAACAGCGGCCGAAUCGAAUCGUCCCGAUCGGCGGGCAUCCGCUACGAAGGCCCCGCACUCUCGAGCAAGGAACGCUACUACUGGAAAGUACGCGUCUGGACAACCGACGGAGGACAAAGCGACUGGUCGGCGGCGGGAUCGUUCGAAAUGGGACGCUCGACGAAAAGGAUUGGGUAUCGGACUGGAUCGCCAGAAAGAGGUCGAAAAAGCCCGGCUGUAUAUCUCCGGGUUGGGUUACUACGAAAUGUACAUCAACAACCGCAAGGUCGGCGACCAUGUGCUGGACCCGGCCCAGAGCAGUUAUGACAAGCGGGUCUACUACGCCUCCUACGACGUAAAAGACUACCUGUCGCAGGAGAACGUGCUGCUGGUAGCCGUCGCCCCGGGCUGGUACGGGAUGCCGAAGCUGCGGAUGCAGAUGGAAAUCGCCUACACGGACGGCAGCGCAACGACGCUGACGGCAAACCACCUGAGGGCCGUAACGACCGGCCCGACCGUCUAUUCGACGGUCUUCGACGGCGAGUUGUACGACGCGCGCCUCGAAGCGCCCGACAUCUACAAGCCCUUCGUGCCGGCCGGCCUGAUGAACAAGGACUGGGGGCUGGCCCAUAUCGCCGACUCGCCCGGCGGGAAAAUGAUCAUCACAGAACCGAAGCCGGGAGUCUACGUUUUCGAUACCGAACAAAACCUCGCCGGAUGGGCUUCGUUGACCGUCGAAGGGGAGCGGGGCCGCGAAAUCACGUUGAAAUUCGCCGAAACGCUGUACGACGACGGACUCGGCGAAGGCGUCGAAACCUGGGAACCUAAAUUCACCUACCACGGAUUUCGUUACGUCCAGGUCGAAGGCCUGCCGCACGCUCCGAAAGUCGGGGACAUCCGGGUAAAAAUCGUGCGCAAUGCAGUGGCUCCGGUCGGGAAAUUCCAUUGCAGCAACGAACUGCUGAACCGAAUACACCGAUGGUCGUGGCCACCGAAGCGAGCAACCUGCACGGCGUGCCGACCGACGCCGCAGCGCGACGAACGGAUGGGCUGGCUGAACGACCUGACCGUCCGCAUCGAACAGGCGGUGUACAACUUCGACUUCUCGCGUUUCUACGCCAAAUUCAUCGACGACAUCGCCGAUACGCAACACGAAGACGGGACGAUCACCUGCGUAGCCCCGUACCGCUUCGGAGCGCGGCCGGCCGACCCGCUAUUACGGCGACUGGUCGCCGCCGACCCGUUCGCCGCAGCGCCCGGAUCGGCCGUAUCGCGCGGACACUCCGGGCCAGUUGAUGUCGACCGGUUACCUGUACUACUGCGCCUCGAUGCUUUCGAAAAUGGCGGAACUGACGGCCACGACAGCGACAAAGCCCGCUACGCGCAGCUCGCCGAACGGACGGCCGAAGCGUUCAACCGGACAUACUGGAACGAACAGACCGGCGGAUAUGCGGCCAAUAACCAAGCCGCCAAUUCGUUCGCGCUGUUUCUGGGUAUCGUCGACGAAACGCGUAUCCCGCGGGUCGUGAAAAAUCUGGCCGACGACGUCGAAAAACACGACUACCACCUCACGACGGGAAACCUACGACCUAUCCCAGUUGGGGAUACAUGCUCCAGAACGGCGCGACGACGCUGUGGGAGCGAUGGGAAUACGCCACCGCGACGAGAUGAACUCGCACAACCACCCGAUGAUGGGUUCGAUCGACUCGUGGUUCUACAAAUACCUGCUGGGAAUCGUGCCCGACGCCGAACAUCCCGGUUUCGACCGUUCACCAUUCACCCCUAUGUAGUCGACGACUUGGAAUUCGCCGAAGGAGAGUUCAACUCGGUAAAAGGGAUGAUCCGCAGCGGUUGGAGCAAAAAGAACGGGGUGUUGUCGCUGAACGUAACGAUUCCGGCCAAUUCGGUCGCUACGGUGUACGUGCCCUCUUCGCGCGUAGGAAGCAUCACCGAGAGCGGUAAAAACGCGGCGAAAGCGCCAUCGGUACGGUUCCUCGGAGAACAGGACGGCUGCGGCGUCUUCGAAGUGGGAUCGGGGGACUAUCGUUUCCGGGGUCCCAGAAACCUUCCUCCAACCGACGAUCCGGUCGCCGGCGACCUGCACGCCCUCCGAUUCGAGCAGUUCACGCAUCCGGACGGCUGCCGAAAGCAUGACUGCCCGAAAGCCGUCCCUGGCUGUCGACGACCCGGUGGGCCGGAAUGCGGGCUCGCCGCAGCUUCCCAGGAUACGCCCGACCAGCCGCGCCCAGCCGGGACGGCCCAAAGCGCGCGCAACGGCCCCGUAGGAAGUGGCCCGUCCCCGGGGAACCGCAGCGACGAUCUGACAGACCGCCUGCCUCAACUCGCUGAAAUCGGAUUGCUGCAUCAUUUUUUCCGUAUCGUUCAAUCGACGGCGAUUCGCCGCCUCAAAAUUCCGGCGAACCGCUUCGAACCGACAUUCCCCGAAAACCCCCGGGCGGCGGAUACGCACACCGCUCGAUGA